CCAACUAUUCGUGAUUGAACAGUCGACUGGAGUGAACGCGUCUCGUCGUGUGUGCUUCGAUUAAGUAGUUAGAAGAAAAAAGUUUCACCGCCCUCAAUUGUGUGCCAUUAGUUUUCCGAUCGAUGUAGUGAUAGUGAUCUAGUCGCAAGCAACACGGUAAAGUUGAAGCGAUUGUGAAACAGUUUAAUAAUUUCGUAACGUAACUGCAACCUUUGGGCUGUGGGCUUUCGAGGAUAGUUUGGAUCAAUCUGUUGUUUGAUAGAGAUCGUGGGGCUACGGUGCAAUCUGCAUACUGAAUAGUUUGAUUUUUAUUGUUCGGAUUUUCUUAGGAAUCAUUCCGUAGGGGUCAGGGAACGAGUGCGAGUACUUGAGAAGAACAGUGUUUCGAUUAAAUCGGUGUCGCACGUACGAAAAAAGUGGUGCCCGGGACAGCAAUCACGUAAUAAAACGGAGUGAAGGAACCAUCCAAGCCGAGACAGCACAGAUCGAGAUUAACAUUCAAAAUGCAUUUGUCAAAAACCACGUAUCUGACAGUGUUGCUAUGCUUGGCGGCAGUAGUUACCUCCGUUCUGUCACAGGAUGAUCAGCCAAAGACCGGUAGCCGAAAUAACCUGCUCCUGCGGCGAGGCAAUAUGCGACCGAACCCGCUCGCCAAGACGACCACCACGACGCCACCGCCCGAGUACCCUGAGGAAGAGUACGUCGACGAGGAAGGAGAGCAAAUCGAGGGCGAAGAAGGCGAAGAUGCAGCCGCCAGACCUGCACCGACCACCACCACGACCACCGAAGCGCCAAAGAAGAUCCGGCCCAGCAUCCGUCCGUUCCGCAGCAACGAUGACCUUCUAACGGCACUGAAGAAACGUCGGCUCGAAUCGAAGAACUCCAAACCAGCUCCAGUGAAGGAAUCUAAGGGUUACGACGACGAAGACAUCCCCGCUCCAGCGCCAGCCAAGACCGCCAAGGCCCCAGCAAUCGUUCCGAAGGGGCGCCGCUUCGGUCCAGUCCGAAAAGAACCGGAACAAGCGCAGUCCGAGCAGAGCGAACAGAGCAACGCUGACAACAGUGGGGCCAAGUCGCUGUCCAGCCGUUUGGGUCGAUCUCGAUUCGCGCUGAACAAGGCACAGCAAUAAUGGCGCUAGCGAGUAAAACAGUGUAUGAGUGAAUGCGAGCAGUUUUAUUUUUUUAGUAUUAGUGAGAACAAACAACUAUGAUUUAGAUUUUAUUUUUUCGAGAAAUCUCCGUUUAGAAAAUUGAUGCGAGUGCAUUUGAAGCGAAGACAAAAAAUAUUUUACCAGACGAUGAUGUUUUCAAAAAGAUUAGGACAAUACAUGCAUUGCAUAGGAUGCAUGUGAGAAAGAGUAAGAUUAUUCAUGGAACACCAUGAUAGUUGAGCUAGGUAACAAUGAAUGAAGGAAAAAUAGAACCAUGUGGUAAAUGUAAGUUUAUAUUACAGCGAAUUGUAAAAUAAUAGUUUGAAGUAAAUAUAAACACAAAAUCUA